GAGUUGAUGAUGUUCUAUAUUGACCUGAAACAAACUAACGAUGUCCUCCUUACUUUUGAGGCACUCAAGUUCAUGGUAUAUUCAGUCUUCGUCACCAGGACCACAGUUCAGAGGUGUCAGUUCUUCUUGGGUCUUCCUUAUUCAUCGUCCAGCUUUUGCAUGCAUAUGAAGCAGUUGUGAGAUGGAAGUCAUUAAAAUGAGAUGAGGUCAUUAAAAUUACUUUUUAAGAAAAUGUAUGACAUGAACAGCAUUGUAACAGUCUUGGAACCCUAAAGAAAAUAACAUCAUAAUCCCUCUUAAAAUAUAAUAAAAAUAAAACUUUGUUUUUGUGUUGCAUUCUAAUCUUUAUUCAUAGGUACAGAUGAUUUUAAAAUAAUUAUUAGCCAGAUUUUUUAUUUUACUUGUAGCAUAAGAAUGUUUACAUGCUUCUACAUAAUUAUCCCGUACAAAUUAGAUGUUCCAUAAUUUGCUUAUUUUUCUUUUGUGGUAUACUUGUUUUUGUUAUAAAGAACACUGCAGUGAACAUCUUUGCAUAUAACUUUGGGUUAAUUUUUUUGAAUCUCUACUGCUUAGAACAGGGACUGGCAUAUGAGAGGCAAUCAACAAAUAGUCAUUUAAAAAAUGAAAGAAUUCCCUUAAUACUUGUGGACUGAACUGUUGAAAUAAGGCUUUUCUUGAAAAACUGAAGUUACAGAGUUUUCACCACUAGGCUAGAAUUUAGUUUUAAAAUGAAAUUUCAAUUAAUAAAAAAAGCACAAGCAAGGCAAACUUUCAGUGAUGUCCUGAGCAUUUAGACAUCAGGAAAGAAUGAUAUAUAACAAGCAAAAAUUAAUAAAGAUUAAGAAUAGAAUGUAAAAAUGAAGUUAUUUUAUUUUUUCAAAUUCCAAGCCAUACAUUUAUUUAAAUGAUUGGAUUACUUGGAUUUAGCCUCUGUUUCUCUCCUUUUGAAAUGUUAACGCAAAUAACACCAGCUUACAAAAAAUAAGAUUUGAUAAAGCUUUUCUCACACACUAGGUUGGACUAAGUCCCUGGGUGGUACAAAUGGUUAAUGCACUCAGCUGCUAACUGAAAGGUUGGAGGUUUGAUUCCACCCAGAGACACUUCAAAAGAAAGGCCUGGUAGUCUUUUUCUAAAAAAUCAGCCAUUGAAAACCCUGUGGAGCUCAGUGCUACUCUGACACACGUGGGGUCACCAUGAGUGGGAAUCAACUUGAUGGCAACUGGCUUGGGCUGGGCUAAACGUGUUCCGUGGAUUGUUCAAGUUACUUUAUGAUAAGCAAGAUUGUGAAUGUUCGUUUUCUUUCGGAUUUCCAGGGUGGUUACAGUGUUGUUCAUGUUAUACGUUUUAUUAAGUAAUUUUAAGGGUACUCUUUUCAGCAGUCACCUGUUUGGUAGAACUGUGAUAGUCACAGUGUUACUCAUUCAACUUACCCCUUUUCAUUUCGGUUACCUUAGUUUACAUGGAUAGAUGUGGACCACAUGGGCUAGACUUACCUUCCCUACUAUGUUUAGCUCCUUUGUAACCUAAGAAAUCCUUUACUGCUAUUUCUUUACCCAUUUUCUGUUUGCCAAACUGCUUAUUUUUCCACCACCUGGCAACCAUGUUUCUGCCUUCAUUCUUGGGUGAACAUUUUUUGAGUGUUUUCUGUGAGCCAGGUAUUAUGUUCAGGUGCUAGGGAUACAAAGAUGCCAAUAAAUAAACACUGUAGUUAUCAUACAGUUCUAGCCAACAGGUAACUGUUGACAAAUAAAUCAAGUCUUUGCCCUGUAAGAUUUAUUUUAAGAGAGAACAGACAAGUAAACUUAUGAUUUCUUUUAAAUAUUACAGAUGUUGUGAAAGAAGCAUGGAGGCACCAAGGAGGGAGUGAUCUUAUUCUCCCUUAGAGAUGGUAGUUUCCAGAAAGGACUUAGAAGUGAUGAUGCACUCUGGGCUUUUAAAGCCAGAAUUCCAUUAUUAAUAUUUCAGAGCAUCACUGUCUAAUAAAACUUUCUGGGAUGAUGGAAAUGUCCAGUCCAGUGGCUGCUAGCCAGAUGUGGUUGUUGGGCACUUGAAAUGUGGCUAGUACCACUGAGGAAUUGAGUUUUUAAUUUUAAUUUAAUAAGCCCAUGUGGCCAGUGACGACUGCAUUGGACAGCACAGUUCCGGAAUAUAUUUAAAUGAAAUAGAAAUGAGGAAGUUUACUUUUCAGCCUCAAGAAAUUUUAAAUUUGGAGGAGGUCAGACAUGCAUUGGAGGAACUUGUGUCCUUGAGUGUGGGAUUGUGUGUGUGUGUGUGUGUGUGUGUGUGUAAACUCAUGGUUAUACUUUGAACUGUAGGAUGAAGGUGGAGGUCAAAGUUGUCUCCAGUGGCCAAAAGGUAUUGUUUUCAGAUGCAGCAUCUGGUCCUGAACAGGACACAAUGGAAGAAGAGAUUGGGGCUGUUGCUAUUUCUAUGUGGGGAAUUAUAAUGGGUGCCAUUAUUCAACUGUUUCCAUGCAAACUCCUAUAAGGGAUUAAAGAAAAUGAAGUAAGGACGAACAAGGGGAAAAAAUCACAGAAGAGAUUCUUCCUAUAGGGAAAUAAAAAUGUAGAAAGAUAUGUGUACCAUUUUGUUCAGAAGGAGACUCAUUGUGCAGGAGAAAGGACAGGUUUCAAAGUUAGUAGAAACAAAACAGGUUAAAAUAGUAAAUUCAGGAGAAAGUAAAUUUUAAUAUAGAGAUACAAAAUAAGGAGAGAAAACAUGCAGAAUCUUUGCACACAGGAGGAAGGUGAGCUGGGUUGUAGGGAGCGUUGAGCCAAAUAGAAUUAAGGUUCUCAGUAAAGGUUGCACCUGCUUCUCCAUUUCCCCACCUGUCCAUCCCAGCAGUGGAAUUCUGCCACUUUAUGAUAAUGAGGUAAUGAGAAAAAUCACAUGAGGUGUUAGAGGGAAACCACACUUGGUUUAGCUGCUUCUUGGGGGAAGGAUGGAGUGGGAAUGUGGGAGAGGCCUGUAUAAUAGACAGUGAGUAAUGAGGAAAGAUGUUUGAAUGCCAGUUAUAAGGAUUAACCUGAGUCAGGGUGUUGAGAGAACUUCUGAAGAGGGUAUGUACCUGUUGCUUUUGCCAUUGACCUUGGGUGCCGUGUAUAGGUGUCAAAUCAUGUAGUUGCCCAUCUGUGUUGUCUGUACUUUGUGUCUGAGUCACUACCAGGAAGAUACCUUGGCAUGGGAAACAGGAGGGGGCGCUCUAGCUCUCUGAGCCCUGUCCACAUUGGCCUGGGUGCAGAGUCAUCCAGCAGCCUGUGCCUUGCACUGAACUCCCUGCGUGUUCAUUGCCCAGGAGAGCGGGUCCAUCUAGAAACGGUAGUGGGAGUUGAACAGGAUGUUAACAAAACUUACAAUAUAAGAAACUUUUAAAGAGCUAUUUAAAAUACAAUCUGAUUAGUUUGAAGAAUUUACUGAUUUUGAUAAUUUGCUGAAGACUGUUCUUUUGGGAUAUAUUGAAGAUCAGUUUAAAGUAAGGCACACUUGAGGACUUCAUUAGUUGAUGAGUCAGUGACUGAGCCACAGCUAGAACAUAGAACUGAUUGUAUUAAAAGGAUUAAAAUGGGAAGGUUAAUAAAAAUCCUUUUAGGGAAACUAUGUAAUAAUAAAAUGGUUGUUGGAUUAUAUCAUUACUUACAGCAAUAUUUUUUAUUUUUCUUCACCUUUGUAAAAGCCUUUGGGGUUGGGAGGGAAAAAAGGAAUGUUAUGGAAUCUUCAGUUUUGUUUUUUUCUUUUUUUCCCCUUAAGCGAUAUUGAUUUUGUUCUUGGAUGAGGGAGUCAUUGUCUGCUUCUGAGAACUCAUUGUAUUUAGCAGCUUAAUUUAACGUUUUGUGAAAAGGUUUUACGAUUGUUCUAAAUUGUUCUGUGGUAACUGUUGUUUUCUUUGUUUAGCACCUAGCAUCUCUCCUGCUCCAUAACAAGUUUGCCACAGAGUUUGUUGCUCAUGGUGGAGUACAGAAAUUACUGGAAAUUCCUCGUCCUUCUAUGGCUGCAACUGGUGUAUCCAUGUGCUUGUAUUACCUGUCCUACAACCAGGAUGCCAUGGAAAGAGUUUGCAUGCAUCCCCACAAUGUUCUGUCUGAUGUGGUGAACUAUACUCUGUGGUUAAUGGAGUGUUCUCAUGCCUCAGGAUGCUGCCAUGCUACCAUGUUUUUCUCAAUUUGCUUCUCCUUUCGGGCCGUCUUGGAGCUCUUUGACCGCUAUGAUGGUCUUCGUCGUCUGGUGAACUUGAUAAGUACUUUGGAGAUUUUAAAUUUAGAAGAUCAAGGUGCACUUCUGAGUGACGAUGAAAUAUUUGCUAGCCGCCAGACUGGGAAACAUACUUGCAUGGCCUUGCGCAAGUACUUUGAGGCUCACCUGGCCAUUAAAUUGGAGCAAGUGAAGCAGUCGCUUCAGAGGACUGAAGGUGGUAUUCUUGUCCAUCCUCAGCCCCCGUACAAGGCAUGUUCAUAUACUCAUGAACAGAUUGUGGAAAUGAUGGAAUUUUUGAUAGAAUACGGCCCAGCGCAGUUAUAUUGGGAACCAGCUGAAGUCUUCCUCAAACUUUCUUGUGUGCAACUCUUGUUGCAGCUUAUUUCUAUUGCCUGCAAUUGGAAGACCUAUUAUGCAAGGAAUGACACUGUGCGCUUUGCUUUGGAUGUCCUGGCUAUUCUCACAGUAGUCCCAAAAAUCCAGCUCCAGCUGGCAGAAUCAGUGGAUGUGCUGGAUGAGGCUGGCUCCACUGUCUCCACUGUAGGUAUCAGCAUUAUUUUGGGAGUGGCUGAGGGUGAAUUCUUUAUCCAUGAUGCUGAAAUCCAGAAGUCAGCACUUCAAAUUAUCAUCAAUUGUGUGUGUGGCCCAGAUAACCGAAUCUCCAGUAUUGGCAAAUUUAUCUCUGGAACUCCUCGGAGAAAGCUGCCUCAGACCCCCAAAAGCAGUGAGCACACCCUGGCUAAGAUGUGGAAUGUGGUCCAGUCCAACAAUGGCAUCAAGGUGCUCCUGUCCUUACUGUCCAUCAAGAUGCCCAUCACAGAUGCAGACCAGAUCCGGGCCCUGGCCUGCAAGGCCCUAGUGGGCCUGUCUCGUAGUAGCACUGUCCGGCAGAUCAUCAGCAAACUGCCCCUUUUCAGCAGCUGCCAGAUCCAGCAGCUGAUGAAGGAGCCUGUGCUGCAGGACAAGCGCAGCGACCACGUCAAGUUCUGCAAGUAUGCAGCUGAACUCAUUGAACGGGUGUCAGGAAAGCCACUUCUCAUUGGCACCGAUGUGUCCCUGGCACGACUGCAGAAAGCAGAUGUUGUCGCUCAGUCAAGGAUCUCCUUCCCUGAGAAAGAGCUACUUCUGUUGAUACGAAACCAUCUCAUUUCUAAAGGGCUUGGAGAGACAGCAACUGUGCUGACGAAAGAGGCAGACCUGCCUAUGACUGCUGCGUCCCAUUCCUCUGCCUUCACCCCAGUCACUGCUGCUGCUUCCCCUGUCUCUCUUCCCCGAACUCCUCGCAUUGCCAACGGCAUUGCAACCCGACUGAGCAGCCAUGCUGCCGUGGCCCCUUCUGCCCCCCCUGCCCCUGCUGCCCACCCUCAGCCACGGCCACCCCAGAGUUCACUAGCUCUGCCCGGCCCAUCUUAUGCAGGCAGUUCCCCUUUGAUUGGCAGGAUCAGUUUUAUGAGAGAGAGGCCAUCGCCCUGUAAUGGCAGAAAAAUCAGAGUGUUGCGGCAGAAGUCGGACCAUGGCGCCUACAGCCAAAGUCCAGCCAUAAAAAAGCAGUUGGACAGACAUCUUCCUUCCCCACCUACGCUGGACAGUAUCAUCACAGAGUAUCUUAGAGAGCAGCAUGCUCGCUGCAAGAACCCAGUUGCCACCUGCCCACCUUUCUCUCUCUUUACUCCUCACCAGUGUCCUGAGCCAAAACAGAGGCGGCAAGCGCCAAUAAACUUUACCUCAAGGCUAAACCGCAGGGCAUCAUUUCCAAAGUAUGGAGGGGUGGAUGGCGGAUGCUUUGAUAGGCACCUUAUCUUUAGCAGGUUCCGUCCUAUUUCAGUAUUCCGGGAAGCCAAUGAAGAUGAGAGUGGCUUCACCUGCUGUGCAUUCUCAGCACGGGAGCGGUUCCUGAUGCUUGGCACCUGCACGGGACAGCUGAAGCUCUAUAAUGUGUUUAGUGGACAGGAGGAGGCCAGCUAUAAUUGUCACAACUCAGCCAUCACACACCUUGAACCUUCCAGGGAUGGGUCCUUGCUGCUGACAUCUGCUACUUGGAGCCAGCCUCUGUCUGCACUUUGGGGAAUGAAAUCAGUAUUCGAUAUGAAGCAUUCCUUCACGGAAGAUCACUAUGUUGAGUUCAGUAAGCACUCUCAGGAUCGGGUCAUAGGCACAAAAGGGGACAUUGCCCACAUUUAUGAUAUUCAGACUGGCAACAAGCUGUUGACUCUGUUUAACCCAGAUCUUGCCAACAACUACAAGAGGAACUGUGCCACCUUUAAUCCUACAGAUGAUCUUGUCUUAAAUGAUGGCGUCCUCUGGGAUGUCCGCUCUGCACAGGCCAUCCACAAGUUUGACAAGUUCAACAUGAACAUCAGUGGUGUUUUCCAUCCGAAUGGUCUGGAGGUCAUCAUUAAUACUGAGAUUUGGGACCUCCGCACUUUCCAUCUUUUACACACAGUUCCUGCUCUGGAUCAGUGCCGCGUGGUGUUCAACCACACAGGGACAGUGAUGUAUGGAGCUAUGUUGCAGGCAGACGAUGAAGAUGACUUAAUGGAAGAAAGGAUGAAAAGCCCUUUUGGGUCAUCCUUCCGAACAUUUAAUGCAACUGACUACAAACCUAUAGCCACCAUUGAUGUGAAGCGGAAUAUCUUUGACCUGUGCACAGACACCAAAGACUGCUAUCUCGCUGUCAUUGAGAACCAAGGCAGCAUGGACUCCCUGAACAUGGACACGGUGUGCAGACUGUAUGAAGUGGGCAGGCAGCGUCUGGCAGAGGAUGAGGAUGAAGAGGAGGACCAGGAAGAGGAAGAGCAGGAGGAAGAAGAUGACGACGAAGAUGAUGACGACACUGAUGAUCUAGAUGAGCUCGACACUGACCAGCUGCUGGAGGCGGAGCUGGAGGAAGACGACAACAACGAGAACGCAGGGGAGGAUGGGGACAAUGACUUCUCUCCCUCUGAUGAGGAGCUAGCAAACCUGCUAGAGGAGGGAGAGGACGGGGAGGAGGAGGACUCUGAUGCAGACGAGGAGGUGGAACUGAUCCUGGGGGACACUGACAGCUCCGACAACUCCGAUUUGGAAGAUGACAUCAUCUUAUCUCUGAACGAGUGAGAGGCCAUCACCACGUGGAAGAGUCUUCGCAAGUGGGGAAACUGAGUCAAGUGAAUUCAGAACACCUCCCCUUCCCUUCCCUCAGGGCUGUUUGUCUUUUAAGGAACUGCAUGCCCCAAAUUCAGAGGGUUAUGGCUUACAGAGUCUCAUUUGAAUCUGAGGGUCCUUCCAAAAACAGUACCGCCACAGAAAGACAACAGGGUUAGGCCCUAUUCGGCUUCACCAUUCCCCCUCCUCGGAUGGACACUUAUUUUCUCAAGGGGGAAAAAAAAAAAACAUGUCUCUGGGGCUAUUUCACAAUAUAUUUUCUUUGUAUAAUGUUCUUUACUUAAAGAACAAGAGAUAGUUUUUUAAAAAACUUAAAAAAACAAAAAAACAAACAGGCAUUUAUAACCGAGGGUAUGAACUUAUAUCCACCAGGUCUCUUGUCCCUACACUUCAUUUUCUGUGGGAGAAAAUGAUGUCUAAAGAACAAUAGAGGCAUUUUUACAUAUUUAAAUGAACAGGAAAAUCGUGGUUUCUUAAAUUGAUAAGGAUUAAGACUAUUUUAUUAUAAAUGUAAUAUAUGAUUUUUUUACCCCAUUUGAGUGCCUCCCAUGCUGUCAGGUGGUCUCCUCCAUGCCGGAGGCGGGAGGAAGUCACUACUGUUGCCGAGGAAACGCAUAAAGGCACCACCUUCAAAGCUAGGGGGCACAAGGGCAUCAUGGAUGUUGGUUUUGUGGAGUUGAGGGAACUUAGGAGAUAUAAGUUCACUCCCUUUAUUUUUCUUUGUGAUUUCAGUUUUUCAAAAAUCUUUUUUUCUUCCCUUUCUCCCCAAUGUGGAAAUUAAAAAUCAAAGGCCUUUUUCUUUAAUGUAAAGUGUAUUUAUUUAAAAAAAACAAAACCAAAAAAAAAAAACAAAAUAAACUACAAGUCUGUC